ACAAAAUAAAUUGUGAGGCGGAUUUUGAGCGAUCUCCUCCUCCUGCUUUCAUGAGACGUACUGCAACCCUCUACAGAUUACUGUAUCUCUUUCCCCAGCACCUUCCUUUCUCUACGUUAUUCUCGCAAGAUUUUCUGCAGACGACUUCCUUUCCAAAUACGUUUCUCUCGUCACCUGCACCAGCCCUUCGAGUGCAUACUAUCUUCCCUCUCCUCUCCUGUUGAGAGGUGGGUGAAUUAAAAAACAAUGGGGUUGUGGGAGGGAGACAUGACAACAGAGAAAACAGCUUCAUCUUUUUCAACUUCUGAUGAUCAAAACGAGUCAAAUCCUACACCAAGAGGAAGAAGAAGCGGUUUCAGGGAAAGUGGCUCAAAGCCAUCCUGGCUUCUGUCCACCCUUUCCGAUUUGGAUGCGAGGAUGAUGACAUUGACAAUGAAGACGCUUGUAGAAGAUAACACUGGUGACACCUUUCGGGAACGUGCUGAAUCUUACUAUCAGAAACGGCCUCAGCUAAUUGCCCUACUCCAAGAUCUCUACAAUGGCUACAUCACCUUAUCUGAUCGUUACAUUCAAACAUUGGCCAAAUGUGACCCUCAUCGAAGCAACUCGUCCCGAAUCUCAGCUGUGGAUCAUGAUAAGUCUGACCUCGAAGAAGAAGAUGGUGUGACCAACGUGUUUGAUUCGGAUGCGGAGAGCUCCCUGUCUUACCAACAAACUCAGAUAAUGCUUGACGGAUAUGGCACAUCGGUAGGUGACGCCAUUGUUGCGGAUCUCGUGAUCAAGAACGUCGAGUAUGACAUAUUACAGCAUGAGAUGGGCAUUAUAGAGCAGCGCAGUAGUGAGUCCUCAAGGAAGAUAGAUUUGCAGAAGAGCUUGCUUGAAGUGCUAGAGUCAGAGAGGCUAAUACUACUGAAUGAGAAUGCAAGGUUAGGGUAUAGAGUGAAUGCAUUGGUGGAAGAGAACAAAGGGUUGGCAUCAGAAUCUAUGCUCAUGAAGAGGAAGGCUAGCGAGUUGGCAAGAUGUGUGCUGAAGAUGAGGGAAGGUCAUAGGGUUUUCAUGCUCAAUCGUAGAAUAGAAGAUCUUCAGGCACAGAUUUAUGGGCUGGAGAAGAGGAACAAGGAGUACUAUGAGCAGCUUGUGCAAAGAGACCAACGCGUUAAAGAAUGCACAGGAAAGAAGAACGCUGUUGAGGAUGAUGUCUUGGAUGAUUGCCUUAAAAGGGAGAAGCAGCCCAAUCUGAGAUUGAAGAAGAAGGGUAGCAUCCGUGGGAAGAAAGGUCAUGGAUGGUGGCAAAGGUUCAAGAACAUGGACUUGUUUUUUUGUGGGCUCGACUCAAGUUGUACUUGACAAUGUGUAUUUGGGUCAAACUAUUACAUGGUGUUAUUAUGAUAGCAUGCCGUGGGACUUAGUUUUUUUUUUUUUUUUUUUUAGGGUUUUUUGGAACAUUUGAUAGUGUCAGUCUAAUCUCUCCUCAAUAUUAAUGAUGUAUUGA